ACACUCUCUUCUUCUUUCACUGGUUUUCGACUUUCAUGCUCUCAGCUAUCUUCACAGUUGGAUUUGAUCCCUAGGUUGCGAACCAUGACGGACGGCCACCUCUUCAACAAUAUCUCUCUUGGAGGCCGUGGAGGCACUAAUCCGGGGCAGCUAAAAAUAUAUUCUGGAGGGAUUUCAUGGAAAAAACAGGGAGGUGGUAAAGUAGUUGAGGUUGAUAAAGCUGACAUUGUUGGGGCGACAUGGAUGAAGGUCCCAAGGACUAACCAACUUGGUGUUCGGAUUAAAGACGGAUUAUACUACAAGUUCAUUGGAUUUCGUGACCAGGAUGUCACUAGUUUGACCAACUAUUUCCAAAAUACAUGCGGAUUAACACCAGAGGAGAAGCAGCUUUCUGUAAGCGGACGUAAUUGGGGAGAAGUCGAUUUAAGUGGGAACAUGCUGACUUUCUUGGUUGACACUAAGCAAGCAUUUGAGGUAUCUUUGGCUGAUGUUUCACAAACUCAGCUUCAGGGAAAAAAUGAUGUCAUCUUAGAGUUCCAUGUGGAUGACACCACAGGAGCUAAUGAGAAAGAUUCAUUGAUGGAAAUAAGUUUUCACAUACCGAACUCCAACACUCAGUUUGUUGGUGAUGAGAAUCGUCCCCCUGCUCAAGUUUUUCGUGACAAAAUCAUGUCUAUGGCGGAUGUUGGUGCUGGGGGUGAAGAUGCUGUUGUCACAUUUGAGAGUAUUGCAAUCCUCACACCAAGGGGUCGCUACAGCGUGGAACUUCAUCUUUCAUUCUUGCGCUUACAAGGACAGGCUAAUGAUUUUAAAAUUCAGUACAGCAGUGUUGUUCGACUGUUUCUUCUUCCUAAGUCUAACCAGCCACAUACCUUUGUUGUUGUUACUCUUGAUCCACCUAUCCGGAAGGGGCAAACAUUGUACCCUCAUAUUGUUUUGCAGUUUGAAACUGACUAUGUGGUUCAAAGCGAGCUGUCAAUGAGCGAAGAACUUAUGAACACCAAGUACAAGGACAAGUUAGAACUAUCUUACAAGGGACUAAUUCAUGAAGUGUUCACCACAAUAUUGCGUGGCUUGUCUGGUGCCAAAGUUACGAAACCGGGAAAAUUCCGUAGUUGUCAAGAUGGUUAUGCCGUGAAAUCUUCAUUGAAAGCUGAAGAUGGAGUUCUAUAUCCUCUUGAAAAGAGCUUCUUUUUCCUACCUAAACCUCCCACCCUUAUUCUUCAUGAUCAGAUUGACUAUGUGGAAUUUGAGAGGCAUGGCGCUGGAGGCUCAAAUAUGCACUAUUUUGAUCUUCUGAUCAGACUCAAAAGUGAGCAAGAACACCUGUUUCGAAACAUUCAGAGGAAUGAAUAUCAUAAUCUUUUUGACUUCAUCAGUUCAAAGGGUCUCAAGAUCAUGAACUUAGGAGAAGGCCAAACAGCAGAUGGUGUGGCUCCUCUUCUUGAAGAGGCAGAUGAUGAUGCUGUUGACCCACACCUUGUCCGUGUGAAGAAUGAAGCUGGUGGUGAUGAGAGUGAUGAAGAGGAUGAAGAUUUUGUUAUUGAUAAGGAUGAUGGAGGUUCUCCUACUGAUGAUUCUGGGGAGGAUGAUUCAGAUGCUAGUGAAAGUGGAGCUGAGAAAGAGAAGCCUGCAAAAAAGGAGCCUAGAAAGGAACCUUCAACUUCCAAGGUAUCAUCUUCCAAGAAACAAAAAUCCAAAGAUGGAGGUGAAGAUGGUGCAAAGAAGAAAAAGCAGAAAAAGAAAAAGGAUCCAAAUGCACCAAAAAGAGCAAUGUCUGGUUUCAUGUUUUUCUCACAAAUGGAGAGAGAGAAUGUAAAGAAAAGUAACCCCGGAAUUGCAUUUACCGACGUGGGGAGAGUACUUGGAGAUAAGUGGAAAAAGAUGUCAGUGGAGGAGAAAGAACCCUAUGAAGCAAAGGCUCGUCAAGAUAAAUUACGCUACAAGGAUGAAAUUAGUGGCUACAAGAACCCCCAACCCAUGAAUAUAGAUUCAGGGAACGAAUCUGACAGCGGGUAGAUUAAGGUAGAAAAUGGAAGUAAAGCCCAGUUUUUGGUUCAAAUGUACUUCAUUUGGCUAAUUUGUAUUGUAGGAUCUAUAAUUAUGGAGCAUGUUUGUAUCAUGUUUGGUUAACGUCAUACAUGAUGAGCUAAUUAGGGCAUAAACUGAAAAUCCCCGUUGUUUUGGGUGCCAAGAAAACUAGUUUCAGUUUCAGAUACUUUGAGCAUGGCCCUGUUCAACAUGCAUUGCUACAUGUACAGAAGCUUGAAUCUCUCUUUAAUUGAGUUUGUUUUCACUCUCA